AUGAGGAAGUUUUUUCAUAAAUCAAAAGAGGAAAAUGUAGUUUAUGACAAUGUGCUGGAUGGAUUAUAUAAUUUAUAUAAAAGUUAUAUACUAGAAUUGGAAAAGGAAUAUAUGUAUUAUCAUUUUUAUAAGCCAUUAUUAACAAGUGGAGACUUUUUAUCUAAACCAAUGAUAUUGCUACUAGGUCAAUAUUCUACUGGAAAAACAACUUUUAUAAAACAUUUAAUUGAAAAAGAAUACUGUGGAAUGAGAAUAGGUCCUGAACCAACGACUGAUAAAUUUGUAGCAGUUAUGUAUAAUGAAAAAGAACAACUAAUUCCAGGAAAUGCUUUAGUUAGUGAUAUAACAAAACCUUUUUCUCAAUUAGAAAGUUUUGGUAAUAGUUUUUUAUCUAAGUUAGAAUGUUCUAAUACAGCUAGUGAGGUAUUAAAAUCAAUAACGAUAAUUGAUACCCCCGGUGUUUUAAGUGGCAUAAAGCAAAUAAGCAGGGGAUAUGAUUUUGAAAAAGUUAUAUACUGGUUUGCUCAAAGGGUUGAUUUAAUUUUAUUAAUUUUUGAUGCACACAAAUUAGACAUAUCAGAUGAAUUCAGAAGAUGCAUACAAGCUAUUAAAGGCCAGGAUUCAAAAAUUCGAAUAAUUUUAAAUAAAGCUGAUAGUAUAAAUACGCAACAAUUAAUGAGAGUAUAUGGAUCUUUAAUGUGGUCAUUAGGUAUUGUAAUAAAUACACCAGAAGUAAACAGAGUUUAUAUUGGUUCAUUUUGGGAUAAACAAUUAUUGCAUGAUGAAAAUAGAAAUAUUUUUGAGGAAGAAGCUUCUGAUUUAUAUAAAGAUAUCUCAAAGAUCCCUAGAAAUUCUACUAUGAUAAGACUAAAUGAUUUUGUCAAAAGAUGUAGAACAUUAAAAGUACAUAUUUAUCUUUUAUCAUACUUAAGAAAAAAAUUACCAUUUUUUCGUAAAGAUGGAAAAAAAAAAAACUUGAUAAAUGAUUUAGAGACAGUUUAUCAAAAUGUUUCAAAAGAUUUUAAUUUGCCGAUUGGUGAUUUCCCUCCGGUGCAAUUUAUGAAAGAAAAGCUUUACGAGAUAGAUUGGGCAAAAAUACCUAAAUUAAACAUUAAAAAAAUAGAAAGAAUAAAUAAAGUAUUAAACAUUCAUAUACCACAAUUAUUAGAAAUGAUACCAAAAGAAAAUAUGGAAAUAGAUAAAUCGAGAAAUGAAAAUCAAGAAGGUACAAUAGUAGAAAAUAAAUUAACUCCAUUUUUAGAAAUGACUUCAGGAGAAAUUCCAUUAUGGGUUAAGCAGAAAUAUCUAUCUAAUCCUAUAGAUACAUCAAAAUAUUCAGAGGAUUUUUAUAAGUUGGGUCCAGAUGACUUUGGGAAAUUAUCAGGUGAAAAAGUCAAGCAAGAUCUAAUUAAAAGUAAACUACCAAGUUCAAUUUUGCAUAAGAUAUGGAACUUAUCUGAUUUAACAAAAGAUGGGUAUCUUGAUCUUUUUGAAUAUUCUUUAGCAAGGCAUUUCAUAGAAAUGAAAAAUGAUGGUGUUGAUCUGCCCACAAAGGUACCUAAAGAGAUUAUACAAUAA